UGGUAUAAAUAUUACAUUUGAUUUUGACCACACUGUAACUUUAAAAUCAACAAUUCUAAUCUAGAACUAAACUGACCCAUCACAAAGAGAUUGAGAGUGACCACAUUCCAUAACUUGGGGUUCCCCAGUACUCUUGAUUUCUAACUAGCUGCCUACAAUAUAUGUAUUAUUUUUAACAUGGGUAAUGCAGCCAAGAGAACCAGCAGGGUCCAGAUAACAGAAGGGGAUUUUUCCACGGAGCCAGGACGAUUUAAGACACUCCACACCAAGCUUUAUGAAGCCAUAAUGCAAGAAAAUUGUCCCAUCAUUGAAACUUUAUUAAGAAGCCAUCCUGUCAACGAGCCAAUGACUGUUUGGGUAAAAUCCACGUGCAACAAACUGCUUCUGGAACAGACCCAGUCCAUCUUUCCAAUACACCUGGCUGCCCGAUACAGAAAAGUACAAAGUUUACUUUGUUUGUUAGAAUAUGGCGCUGAUCCAGAAAUAAGGGAUUCCAGAGGCCACACUACACUUCAUGUCAUGCUUCUUCACUGGCCAAUUACUACUGCCAACUGGACAGAACCAGUGAACCGAAUUCAGAGGAUCCUGACGGAUAUUCAGAAUCACGCCGAAAUGUGCCUUCACGUAUUAUGUCAGCACGGGGCUCGGGUUAACGCUCGAGUGGACAAUGACUUCGGGUAUUCGCCACUACAUUUAGCUAUCCGUUACGGAACUCAUCCAGUUCUUUCCAUCCUGGCUGGGAACGGUGCCCACGUCAACGCGACCAAUGGAUCGAGCAUGACGCCGCUUCACAUGGCUGCUGGUAUGCUGAACAAGGAAAUGACAGAAACUCUACUUGCUUGCGGAGCAGACGUUAACUGCGCUGUCUCCCACAGUGGGAAUACUGCCCUAAAACUGGCUGUGUGUGCUGCAUCUACUAAAGCAGGCAGGUUGCUCGCAGCAGACAUCAGCUCCAUCAGUUUACUCUUAAAGAAGGGGGCCGAAGCAAAUGCCCAGGACCACGAAGGACGGACGGCCAUUCACGAGGCUUGUUUAGGAGGCAGAGAAGCAAUCAUCAAUCUUCUACUUGAAUUUGAAGCAGACAUUAAUAUCUUAACAAGACAUGGGGAAACUCCAAUUUUUAUGUUCCUCCAGCGUCGAUCCAAUUUAAGAGAGACAGCGCUGUUCAACAAACUACUCAAUCUCUCCUAUCCUUUGAGGAUAACCAACAACGAAGGAAUUCUUCCCACAGGACUUCUGCUACCUGAAUUCCAGCCUCAAAAAGAAUCUCUUGUAGGGUUAUCACAAAAGCCUUUAACCUUGCAAGAGAUCUGUUCCAAGAUCAUCAGAAAGGUGUACGGAGAAAAGCACAAGCAAUAUUUGAGGCAGGCUCUCCCUUUGAAGAUAUGGAAUUCUGUAUACAGUGAUUACGACUUCUCCCAACUCUGGAAAUCAAACACCUAAAUUUCAGCAGUCUAUUAGACUAAGUACUGCACAGGGCAUUUUCUGGUUAGAUUUUUUUUUUAAUACUAUUCCUAUCAUCUUUUGAAUGUGAAAAUAGUUGCUUCUACAGUUGCUUAAGGUCCUGAGAUAAGGUC